UCUAUGUUUAGUGGCAUAAUUAAAGACGACUUGGAUCCAAGCAAGUCAACGAAGCAUCUGACAACGCUGAAAUGUGUUUAUCUCAAAGUAUUGCACCUAGUUGAACGAGGUUGUAUUUUUGUGGGACAUGCUCUCGUCAAUGAUUUCUCUGCUCUCAACAUCUAUGUUCCUGCUAAGCAAAUGAUUGAUACGGUAGAGCUGUUCCGAAUUCCGCAAGUUCCACAGCGGCUGAUCUCACUGCAGUUUUUGGCGUUCUACCUGCUGGGAGAAAAGAUCCAAGAUGGGAUUCAUGAUUCCGUAGAAGACGCACGUGUUGCGCUGAAGUUGUAUAGAAAGUGGGAAGAGCUGAAAAAUGAUGGAACUUUGGACAGCGCGCUAAGUAACUUGUAUGUGAUCGGCAAGCAAACGGGCUUCCGCGUUGAUCGCACGUCAUCAUCCAAGAGCGGCUCUCCCGUAUCCGAAGCAGCAGCUAGUGGAGCAUCGCCAGUCUAG